AUGUCCAACACGGAAGAAAAAGCAAAAUUCAACAUCCUCUAUUCAGCCCCUGGUUUCGCAGUACUCGAUCCAGAUACCAUCAAGACAAUGGCGAACCCCAGCAAUACCAUAUUCGGCUGGGGCGGCGUACAGAUAGUGAAGAUAUCUCCUGAAGUUGUGGUCAAAUUUGACUCUCAUGUCACAUUACAUGAGGCCAAAAGCAUGGUGUUUGUUGAUCAGAAUACAAUCUUUGCUUAUUACUCUUAUGGCUCUGUUGUUCGUGGGCCUCUUCCUGAUCCAGUUUUAGGAGACCUUAAGUUUAAGGGUGAGUGUGCAAUUAUCAAUGCGUAUCAAGACAGAGCACCUAAACGUCAUGUCAAGAAUGUUCUGGUUAGUAUGCUUUCGCCUCAGAACAGACAUUAUGUUGUGUUUGCUCAUGGAUUUUCUGGGAACGUCACUGGAAUUAAAGACUGGGAGUUUAGUGGAUGGUAUCCUGAACAUUGGGAGUCUGUCAAAGCUCUCGCGAAGCUGCAUGCGAUCGUCCCGUCACACUGCGAUCACCUCCCCAUCGGCCCCUCUGAGUCGAUCUCUAAGCGCCCUGCCCGGAUAGCGCCCGUCGCUCCCCCUCUUCUGCUUCCUCCUAUGCCCUCUCGUGCCCUCUCCCAACCCUUGCUCGGCGCUACCAGCAGUUCCCUCUCCGCGAAUGACAGUCCAGAACUGCUCCCUGUCGCUGUGAUGUCUCUUGCAGCCCGCCUCCCUGGUCUAUCCACCCAGCCAAUCUGCUUCUUGCAAUCCUUCGCGCGCUCCCCAGUUGUAGUCUAG